AUGUCCGAGCUUUCUGAAGAUCAAAAAACGGUUGUGCAGGGCGAACUCUCCCAGGUUUUAGCUGCCCUCCGUCAGAUCAAAUCAAACAAAACUGGGGGCCCUUCCGGAAUAGUGAUUCCUCCUAGUCGUGUGGUGGAAUGCACGGACAAGGAUGUCUGGUCUCAGCAGAUUGCUGAUGAUGAGGAAUAUGUUUUUUGUCACAACGAUUUGUCUCAGCAGAACAUCAUUGUGGAUCCGCACACAUUAAAGAUCCGAGCUAUCAUAGACUGGGAGUACGCUGGGUUCUUUCCGCAAUACUUUGAAUCGCUUUUCUAUAAGCGACUUGGCCCGUCAUCUGCAAUAGGCGAUGAGCACGAUGAUGUCCCAGAACUAGUGCGUUUUCUUCAGACAACUGAGAAGUGA